UUCUGCCCGAGGCACCGCCCCUUCUGGGCGGGCGGAGCUACCCCUCUCCCACUGUGCCCUGGGGCCUGCCGGGGCUGUCUGUUCCCCCGGCCAGAGAUCGUUAGGACUAGCACCAAAGAUUUGGCUUGUCAUGGCGCCCAGAGAUCCUGAUUACGUUGUGCAGAAACAAGAGACAGCCAGUUAGUCAGAAAUUGCUCUUCUAUGGUUAUUCCUGAAGAACUCCCUGCGUGGAUGCUCUGUUACCAAGCCUACGCUAGCGUUUUUGUCGUGAAAACUUUUGUCCGUGAGGGGGGAAAAAACACUGACUCACAAAAGUUUCACCAACUAAAGCAGUGGCGUGGCCAGCACUAUGUCGGAGGGAGACACUUUGUUAGGUCCAUAAUGUAGACAUAACCUUAUUCCAGAAUAAGGAUUUGUCUACACAUGAAGGAUAACCCUGAAUAAGGUGAAUUGUGAAUUUCAAGUGAACAGAUAAUCUAUUCUUGAUAUGUGAACACUCUCAUUCCAAACUUUACCUUAAUCUGAAUUAACUGUCAAGUGUAGACAAGCCCUAAGUACCCAAUUCGGAAGUCUACAUCUUUUCUUUUAUUGGAAAGUUUCCAGCUAAUGGCUCCCCCAGUCCUCAAUUUAAAUGUAAAUGGCAUUUAUAAAAACUAACCUUCUCCUUGUAGUCAGCCUGCUUGUGCAUGUAUGAGUUUCAAGUUCCUGAUUCAAAAGCUGAAGUUAGUUUGUCCCAGAAUCAAGUUGCCUAUUUUAAGAGGUAAGUCAGUGUUGCCUGCUCUUGUGGUUUUAUUGAGACUCUUGCAAUAUUUCCUUUUCGCUCCAGCACUCAGAGAGAAGGGAUUAACCAAGAAUCUUGAUUUUUUUCAUUAAAAGGAAAAAAUCAGUGAAAUUGUGGCCUGAAUGCAUCCCACAAGCCUAAAACACAGAAGGAAAAUAGAGCACCCAAAAUAUUUUUAUUUUAAAUUUCAUGAUUUGAGGUGGCCUGACUCAUGAGUUUGGGUUUAGCACUAUUGCAUCUGUCUUGUGAAUGGUCCCUCACUCCACCUGGGCUCUCAAAGCAUUUUAUAAAGGCACAGAUCCCCACUCUAGAGAGGGAAAACUAUGGCCUGGCGUGGGGCUGUGAGGUCACACAGUGAGACAGUGCCAGAGCUGGAAUAGAACCGUAACCUCCCACGCCCAGGCCUUGUUUGUUGCUGCAUCCAGUCUGUUUCCCUGUUCCUGCCGCUUUUCUCACAAUGCAAAUCGAUGAGGUCGGUUUUGUUUGGGGGCAUCUCCCGUUUCACUGUCACGCGCUUCAGUGUUGGGGGCUGCAGAGGGCAGGACAGUGUUUAUCUAUUUAGAACUAUUUUCACUGGAUUUUGGGGUGUGCAAUCCCCUUUCUAUUGGCUGUCAUUUUUUAGAAAAGCUUCUAUUUACAAUGCAUCUGGCUGGGGCCAAAUUUUAAAUCCAUAUUUGCAGGGGGCAGACCUCGGCAGUGUACUGAAUGAGAGUGGCUAAAACUAACAGGCCCCGGUCCUCUCCUGGGGCUAGUACGCUCAGCGAUGAUCAACUUACGGUAGGGGUUGAGAACGGUGUGCCACGUGGUUCCAGGUCUGGCCUGGGGAGGUUUUCUGAAGUGGUGUCUGAAGGCCAGCACCCGUGACUCCUUAGACCGGUGCCGGAGGUGGUUUCUGGCUUUCUUGCUGCAGACGCUCUGCAUGAUCGAUUGUACUGCCAGAGUGGCAGCUCUCCAAGCUUCUCACCUGAAUGAGGGCAGCAGAUCAAGCCCUUGAGUUGUCCAGUUAUCAGUGGCCAGUGGGUGUCACUUGUCGUGGGAAGGGUAGUUGGGGGAGGUGCGCUGAAGACAUGCAGUGGAUUUCCGUGGGAGGCGAGCCAUCAGGUAGGCGCUGCAUGUCUGAUGCGCAAUAAGGGGGCUUCUCAGUCAUGUUCCUCUAACGCCAGCUGGGCUGGAAACCACAUUUGGUGAACCUGGGGAAGGGGACACGGCAUCUACUCUACCACCUGAUAGCACAGGGGUGGGGAGCCUGUUUUGGGCCGGGCGCUGCUGACCCACAGCUAUAGCACCUGCUAUAGUGUGCUCCCUCCCUCCCAUCCAGUGACUCUGGGCUACAGAUUAACAGGUGACCAAUACAUGCUGGGCUAAUAAAUCUGUAUUGCGUUAUCAGUAUGUGCCAUUUGGAGAGAGCUACCUAUAUUAAUAGGCAUUAAGCACACAAUAUCAACACACACCAGAACACCCGAGUUCCAAACAGGUCGUGAAUGGAGGUUGUUCGUAUCCGGAACAAAACAUGACGGCUGUUCUAACCGCACCUCGUCAUCGUACAGCUUUGAAACUAGGGAUGGAAAAUCCUGUUUCAUGGGUUAACCGGGUAAACGUGAAGUUUAACCGUUAGCCAAUUGGGUGGGCCGCUCCCUGACCCUCCGCUCCAGCUGGGCUGUCCCCACUGGUUAAGCAGUUCACAGGUUAAUGUUUCACAUCCCUGUUAGAAAUGUUACUAUGCCAAAGCAAAAUAAUGCUUGAAAGGAAACAAGCACAGAAACCGUUUCCUUAAUGUGUCAAAUCUUUUUUAAACUUUUUUUUUUUUUUAGUAGUUUACAUUUAACACAGCAGUGUACUUGUGUUUGCAGGAAGACGAGGUUCUUCUGUAACUUAUUAGAUUUCAUAUAUCGAUCGAUAGAUGGAGAUAUAUACAGAUUUCAAGCAUCCUAUAGCACCUUGCAUUAGCUGAAGUAACUUUGGCGUAAGUAGAUAGUGAAACUAUCAGGAACGGAACAUGUGGGAUGUUUUACCAUAGUAACAGGGAGGGAGUUACUCUCUCUGACCAGUCCUGGAAUGUCCCAAAGAUAAGGACAAGAUAUAUGAGUGUUCUACUCUGGUAAAACCCCAUGAGAUGCCUCCUCCCCGCCCCUGCACCCUCCCCCCCUCCGUCCUGCUUGGUACCUGGAAUGCCUGAGCUCAGAACAGAGAGCCAGCGGUUACACCAUGAUACCAGAAAAACAAAGUAGAAAGAUAAUUUGUUAAAUCUGGACUCAGUAUCUUGUUAGUCGUGAACGGUUUGGAUGGAAAAAUGAGAGUGUGAGGGGUGUACCUAUGGAACCAGGCCUGCUUUGUAACCGUGCUGCAUAAACCUGCUUCCUGGAAACAGGACUUGAACGAGUAGGGGCCUCGUCUUGUGGAACAGGAUGUUCCCCGGAAGAGGGCACCCAAAUGGUUUCUUCCAUGACUCGCCCUCCACCUUUCCGGCUGAUUUUCACCGGGGUGACGAGGGCAGGGGACGGUCCCAGGACCAUCAGCAGGCAGCCAGCUGGGAUUACCACCCUGGGAGACGUGAGGAGAGAUUCAGGGGCAGGUGGCACUCGCCCUUUUCCCGAGACACCGAACCCUACCCCGCUGACUUCUACGGGGGUGAGGAGGGCAGGUGCUGGGCAUCACAGGACCAUCCACCGCCCGCUAGGCGGGAGAACCAACCCAGGAGGCACGAGGAAGGCUUCAGGGGUGGGUGGCAUUCGCCCUUUUCCCGAGACGUAGAACCCUACCCCGCUGACUUUUAUGGGGGUGAGGAGGACAGGUGCUGGGCACCCCAGGACCACCAGGAGCCCGCCAGGUGGGAGAACCAAGCCAGGAGGCACAAGGAAGGCGUCAGGCAUGGGCGGCACUCGGCCAGGUCGCCUAACCAGCACUGCCCGGAGUCAGACUCGAGGGAGGAGCGUGGCGGUUCCUGGGACAGGGAGCGAGGGGACUUCCCCAGUAAGUACCGUGGCCACGGCUGCCAGGGCUGGAAGCAUCCCCGUGGCCCUUUCCGAGGCGGCUACCGGGGGAAAUUCGCGCCUCGCUACCACCACUUCCGGCGCAGCUCCUCCAGAGAGAAGUUCAAGUCGUCCAGGUCGUCGGCCUCCCGCUCCCUGGAGAGCCGCUCAGCGCCUAGCAGAAAGAAAAGUGUGUCUUCUAAGACAAAGCCAGCAAAAUCAGAAGUGCACAAGAAGCCUGGAAAAGCCAAGAAAGACUCCGCCGCUCCCGUGAAAGACCCCAAACCACCCCAGAUCAUGGGAGAGAAGCGGCAGGGUUUCCUGGGCAAAGGACGGGUCGCUAGGACGAGGGUCCAGCCCGAAGCUACCCAGAAAGCCACAGACCCUCCCAGCCAGGCCGGCUCUGCCAUGGAUACUGAACCCCCAGCUUCAUCUGAAACCACGGACAAUCCUCGUCCAGUGAAGACGGAGGGCACUGAGCUGGUCCAGCUGGGGGCUGCAGAUAACCAUGGCCAGGCCUGCUGCGCUCUGGGGACUGACUCAGUCCUGACUGGGACCCCGGAGGAUCGUCGUCUCCCGGACGAAGACAUCAAGCUGGUCCGGCUGGAAGCUAGCCAGGAAACCACAGACCAUCCCAGCCAAGGUGGUUCUGAUCUGACCACUGAGCCACCAGCCCCACCUGGAACUACCAUCAGGACAGAAGAAACCGAGCUGAAAUCUCCACAGCUCCAGCCGGAAGACGACCUGAAGGCCCCGGAUCUGCUCAGCCAGGCUGUCUCUGCUUUAGAGAUUUCACCACCUGUGUGGCCAGAGGUCACUGGGGAGCUGCUUCCCGUAGGAAAGGAAGAAAUGGAGCUGGAGCAGUUGGAUGCUUAUCAGGAGGCCCCAGGCUGUCCCCAAGCCUGUGCUGCUCUGUCUACCCCAUUGGAGACCAUGGAGGACCUGCGUUCCGCUGCCAUACUGGCCCGAAAAGAAGAAAUUGAGCUGUCCUACCAGCAGUACAGUCUGGCCUUUGCGGUGGUCGCCACCAUGCUGCUGCAGAAGGAGCCGUCCAUGGAGGCAGCGCUGGGGGCGGCGCGGCGGGCCAACCUGCGGCAGGGCGGGGGCCCCUGCCUGCAGGAGCUGGAGCGCUUCAUUCACAGCUAUGACGCGGGCGCCGCCCACUCGUGAGAGGCGGGCCCCAUGGGAGACGGCUGCCGUGGCUCUGAGCCUGGUGGGGGCGGGGACCACCGCGGGGACUCCCCAUCUGCCAGCAGCAGAUGAAAAACCAGCUGGUGUGGAUCUGUGCCGCUGACGCUGGGCAUGAUGGGCUGAGAGCAGAGCCCCAGCACGGAGAGCUGCAGUCGGGGUGCUGACGCUGGGCAGUGGCACGGAAUGGGAGAGAGGCUGGUGGCUUGGAAGCGGGGGGGGGAGACUGGGGGCAGGGGGAGGGAUGCUAGGGCUGAAGGGGUCAGUAACCGUGGCGAUGGCUAAGUGAUGUCCGAGGAGUGGGGGGGUGGCUGGAGCCUUGUCAGGCGGGGCCGACUGAAGCGGACACAGAGUUGAGCAGCGCCUGUCUGGGGCCAACACCCACAGCAGUUUUAUUUGGGGCUGCAGAGCACUGUGGUUUUAUGGAGGGAGGAGGGGGUCUGUGCCAGGAGCUCCCUGAACUUUUAUACAGUGUGUGUGUGUGUGUGUGUUUAUUUCUGGAGCAACCUGUUUUCGUGCUGAAGAAUAAAAUGGCAGGCGGAAGAGCAGAGCGCCCCCCGCU